AAUGGUACAAUCGAAACGAACGCCGUCACAGGGGGAGGUUGGUUGUGGUUUUGGUGGCUCUUCUCACUGUCUCUCUUGUCUGAACCGUCACAGAACAUGUCUUUGCCGUAAGCGUUGGGAACCUGAGAUCUGAAUUUCUCAUACGGUUAACUUUAUUUUCGCUUAAAAUAAAAAAUAGAAGGUCAGGGUUUUCAUGGCUUCGGAGACAAAGAUCGUGAAUCUGGCCGAGGAAGCCAAGCUAGCCAGGGAAGGUGUUAAGACUCCCUCCUAUGCUUUUACCACCAUCUGCAAGUCCCUCGUCGCCGGAGGAGUCGCCGGAGGAGUAUCACGAACAGCAGUUGCUCCACUGGAAAGGUUGAAGAUUUUGCUACAGGUUCAGAAUCCACACAAUAUAAAAUACAAUGGAACGAUUCAAGGUCUGAAAUAUAUAUGGAGAACUGAAGGUUUUCGUGGGCUGUUCAAAGGGAAUGGGACUAAUUGCGCUCGAAUUGUCCCGAAUUCUGCCGUGAAGUUCUUCAGUUAUGAACAAGCUUCCAAGGCUAUACUACAACUGUAUCAGAAGCAAACUGGAAACGAGGAUGCUCAGCUGACUCCUGUUUUACGUCUUGGGGCUGGAGCUUGUGCGGGAAUAAUUGCCAUGUCUGCAACUUACCCGAUGGACAUGGUUCGAGGCAGAAUAACUGUACAGACAGAGAAGUCCCCUUACCAAUACAGAGGAAUGUUUCAUGCUCUGUCAACUGUGCUCAGGGAAGAAGGUCCACGUGCUUUGUAUAAGGGAUGGCUUCCUUCAGUCAUUGGAGUUAUUCCUUAUGUGGGUCUCAACUUUGCUGUUUAUGAGUCUUUGAAAGAUUGGUUAGUUAAAUCCAAUCCAUUUGGUAUAGUUCAAGAUUCCGAGCUGAGUGUGACAACUCGCCUGGCUUGUGGUGCUGCAGCUGGAACUAUGGGACAAACCGUUGCUUACCCUCUUGAUGUCAUUCGACGAAGAAUGCAGAUGGUGGGUUGGAACCACGCUGCUUCUGUCAUAGCUGGUGAUGGACGAGGAAAGGUUCCGCUUGAAUACAGUGGCAUGAUUGAUGCUUUUAGGAAAACUGUUCGGUAUGAAGGAUUUGGUGCAUUAUACAAGGGUCUGGUGCCGAAUUCUGUAAAGGUGGUCCCAUCCAUAGCAAUCGCGUUUGUAACAUAUGAGGUGGUGAAGGACAUUUUAGGUGUGGAGAUCAGAAUAUCAGACUGAAGAUUGUCAGACAUCUGAUAUUUGACUGUUUGUUGUUUUCUUGUAGACAAGGGGAUGCUCAGAGAUGAUAACUUAGGGUUAGUUUCUUGGUUUACAUCUCUUCAUUGAGAUAGGAAGCACUUUAGUUAGUGUGCAUAAAUUAUUUCCCUUGUAUCAUAUUUGUUUUUCUCUAUGAACAUGAUGUAGCUCUUAGCUUGAUAUUCAUCUUCUAUUGCAAUAAAUGUUGUAGGAAAAACAAUGCACAGGCUUAUCUGCA